GGAGUGGCACAUGUUGAGGUGCAGUGAGGAGGAGUGGCGCAUGUUGAGGUGCAGUGAGGAGCAGUGGAACAUGUUGAGGUGUAACCAAAGCCUGACCUGGUCUAUUACCUAGCAACAGUGCAAAACCGAGACAUUAAUAACCCUCUAAUAAGGUGAUAAUGGGUGAAGAAGGUUAAUCAUGUCGUGAUGUAGGUCAAGUAUUGUCUGGAGGAAGUAUCUUACAAGUUUAAAAGGAGUUAAUAAGAGUUGGUGACAUCGCCCCUACUGACCCCCAUAGUGGAUGAUGGGGUUGUGUUAAUUAUUACUACAAGAUACACCAGGAUGUGGACGCAGUUAACUGGUGGGCGGGGACUGUGGCUUGAGUGUGAGUAACAGCCGAGGAACCCCAGCAAGGAGUUGGCACCAUGAUCGCACCACAGGACGAGAGGACUGUUAUACCAGCCCAUACCCCAAAACGCCUCGAGGACCAGGCCUUAGAAAAUUUUGUCCACAUGGUGGUGCAGCACUCAGUUCCUGCCUCACUGCACUGUGACCUGUUGCCUCAGGUGUCUGAAGUAAGGUGGUCAGAUGAUCCCAACAAACUGGACAGAAUUAUUAUGACAAGUGAGAGCACAUGGCCAGAGCUGCUUCCUCAGAAACAUUUGUUUAUGGAACACCUAAAAAAAUUGAAGCAUUGGUGGGAUGAUAAUGAGUGGCUUGGCAAGCAAAAUUCACAGAUUAGACGACAAAUAAAGGAAUGCUUCACCAUGGAACUAGAGCUAGUGGACCCACAUUGCAAGUAUCCUCUAUUCAAGUUCUUGCUUCAUCUUAUGUUUUCAACAAAGGCUCUUGGUGCAUCUGAUACUGCAGAGUUUCCACAUUAUCCUAAGGUGCAGCUAGAACUCCGUCGUAAUGGCUGUCCAGUGUAUGCAGAUGUUUUGAGGUCUUUAAAGCCGUUUGUGAUUGAAGAAUUAUCAACGCAGUAUAUUAUUUUUGGAGACACUGAGCCAUGGAUCGUCAUAAUUGAAAAUUCUCCAUUCCUAAAGAAAGUGCACUUACGCAAAAAUAUCUGCGAAGAAAUCCUUCUGUGCAUAGGACAAAACUGUCCUCAGCUAGAUACGUUUAUACUGGAGCAAGUGUUUGGCAGCCUGAUGGUUCCAAUUGAUUGUCUGUACAAGACUUUCUUCUCAGGCCUUGAUUACGAAUCGGUUAAUACCUUAACAAGUGGAAUCCCUUCAAACAUGCAGAAGUAUUUAUCUUUCCCCAGGCUAAAGUUUGUUGACCUGGGAUCUACAAGUCAUUUCCAAAAGGUUGUUGUGAAGAAACAAUCUUUGACAGAAUUUUUGUAUAAUCUUCUAUUUUUUUACCCAGAUAUUGGCAGUAUAUCAUGUCAUUAUCUGCAUCCCUUUGUGCCUCUGCUACCCACUAGUUUACCGGAGCAUUGUCACUCUUUAUCCUAUAACAUUAAACACAUUGAUCUUAUUGGGCUAAUGCCUUGGAUCCAACACUUAUUCCAAAAUAUAUACUAUCAUUCAGAUGGAAAGAAUCAUGUUGAAUCUGCUGUUUCAACCUUCAGACAGUUGCAACACUUAACACUUUGUCAUUGUAUGAGCAUUGAUACAAGUGUUGAGAGCAUUCAAGAAAAUGCCAAAUUUGCAGAAAUUUGGAUUCCAAAGUUUAGGUGUAAAAAAUUGACAAUUCAUUUGUCAUUCACACCACCUGAAGACAUGAGGAAUGGUGAAACUCUCUCUUUGUAUAUUCCACUCUUUAGAAGUAUUGGACACAGCCUUUGUGUAUUACAUUUUCAUUUAUUUGUAAGCAUAGAUGUGUGUAAGAUAUGUCAGCUUAUAUCUUUGUGUCCCAACCUUGAGCUUCUUGGAAUUAGGUUACUCGCAAAAGUCAGUUUAUCUGCUGAAGAAAACUUUAACAUCCAAAGACUUCCUCAUCUAACUUCUCUGAGUGUUGCUUGUUCUGCUUGGCUAGACUCAAACAUUGUCAAUUCUCUGGUGGAGAAACUGAUCUCUGCUUCCCCUGUCUUGACUAAUUUAGAGCUUAUGCUAGCACAUGGACCAUGUGAGUGGCUGAUGGGGAUGGCAGUUGAUAAAAUGCUUAAUGGAAUCCGAACUUUACGGCUCAGUUUUGGUACUCACUGUGUCAAUGAUUGGGGAGAUGACUUUUCAGUGGAAGUUGGUGCUUCAUUUUAUGUUCCAUUAAUAGAGUUGCUACCAGAUCUUGAGGUGCUAAUGCUAGGUAUACAUCACAUUGAUGUGCUCACACAGUUAAAGUUGACCUAUCGAACUUCCCAAUUCAAGAUUGUUGUAAGAAGGAAGCCAUAUAUUGGCUAUGAUGUCCUCAACCCCAUGUAGAUAAAAACUAGUAUUAAAAGGUACUACUGUUUUCAAA